AUGGAGUGUCAUGAGUCUCGCCUGUUUGCUCCGUACAAAGUGCUGGGAGGAGUUUGCACUGAUGUGCCUCCAGCUUUCCGUACAUUACCUACGAAGCGCAGGAUAACUUCAGUGCUGGUUGCGCUUGGGAAUGUUGUUGUAGGGUACACAGCUGAAAGGCUGCGCCUAGUCUCUUUAAGUGAUGUUCUUCCAUCGAAUAUACAGUGUGUUGCUGCGGAUAAACGCUAUGUUUAUGCAGCUGUUCAUGGAAAAAUAGCGAUUCUCCACUUGUCAAGGCAAGUCAAGGGAUGGGUAGGUGUUGGAAGUGAUGUCAAGAUGAUGGUGCCAUUUGGUGAAUCUCUGAUCGUAGUUAAUGCUCAAAAUUCCAUAAUCGUUUUUGGGGUAGAAAGAGAAGAACGUAUACUUCAGUUGGAUUUUGCGGACGAGUUCCAAAUUUCUGCUAUCAGCCAUCCUGCAACAUAUUUGAAUAAGGUUUUGAUAGGGUCGUCGAGAGGGGCAUUACGCUUGGUUAACGUAAAAACUGGUAAAAUAGUGCAUCAUUUCGAGAAGAACUUUGAAGCUUCUGUUACUGUCCUUGAACAGAGUCCAGCACUGGAUGUGAUAGGUGUUGGUCUUUCUUCUGGAGGAAUUAUUCUGCAUAACAUAAAAUAUGAUCGCACAAUUGCUAGGUAUAAUCAGGAUUCUACUGUUACUGCUAUAUCCUUCAGGACUGAUGGAGUGGAGUCAAUGGUUUCUGCAUCUGCAGAAGGUGCAAUAACAGUGUGGGAUUUAGAUAAAAAACGAUUAGUUGGGCGAUUACCCAAUGCCCAUAAUGGUUGUGUAACUGGGUUACACUUCUUCGUGAAUGAACCCCUAAUGGUAUCGUGUGGAACUGAUAAUGUAAUGCAAACAUGGAUAUUUGAUAUGGGUGAUGGGAUGCCGCGUCAAUUGGUGUUGCUGGAGGGUCACUCAAAGCCGCUAACUAGUGUUAAAUUCUGCGGAAACGAUCGCGUUAUCUCAGCUGCACAGGAUGGAACUGUACGGUGCUUCUCUGUUAAGCGGGAUACACAGAGGCAAAAGCUUGGAAAUGCCGGUGUUAUGACUAGAGUAAAGGCAAAAAAACUUGGAAGAGAUUUGGAAAGCAUUUCUUUGAAUCCGGUUGAAGAUUUUUCAUUAAGCUUCAACAGAGAGGCUGCUUGGGACAAUAUCAUAUGUAGACACGAAAAAACUGCUGUGGUGACCACGUGGACAUCACGAAAGCAAAGUUUGGGGGAACAUAGAUUAAUCCACAAACGAUUCCUUACUGACCCUUUGCUGUUUGAAGCCACGGCGACUUCAUCAUUUUUAACUUCUUGUGGCAAUUAUGCAGUAAUUGGGUACUCGUCAGGACAUAUUGAUUGUUUCAACGUCCAAAGUGGAAAACACCGGAAAACGUUCGUUGCGUUUUCAAAAAACGUAGCGCACUCAUCACCAGUUUGUGGCGUUGCAGUUGACAGUCUGAACAAAAUAAUGGUGUCUGGUGAACAAAAUGGAAUAAUUCGUUUCUGGGGAUUUAGGUCAUGUAAGUUAGUCAGUGAGUUAAAAGUUCCAUGUUGUAUUGUUCGAUUCUGUAUGAGUCCCACGAACUCACUGCUCGCUGUGGCAGUGAAAGAUGGUUCUGUAGGGGUUAUUGACGUGCUUUGCCGUCGUUUAGUUCGAAUUAUUAAGAAUGCGCAUAAUGCAGCAAUCAGCUUCACAGAGUUUUCACCGGAUUCAAAAUGGUUGAUCACAACAGAUGUAGUUGGCAUGAUCAAGACUUGGGAUCUUAUAACCAAUAAUCUGAUUGAUGUUAUGAAAUGUGAGAGUCCAUGCAAUUAUGCCAGCUUUUCUGCUUCUGGUGCCUAUUUAGCUACAUCGCAUGAAGGACAACGAGUAGUUUAUUUAUGGGCAAAUAAGACGCUUUUUGAAACCAACGUUGAUACGUCUGCACUUCCUCUCAAUUAUGAACCUUCAACUUCUACCGGAGGAGUUGUAAUUAAUCCCGACAAAGAGCCUGACGAAGCAGUCAUGGAAUUUGAUAAUUUGGCUGAAAAAAUACGGUCUCCAGACCCUUCUAAGGAUGAGUUGGUGCUGUUUUCCGGUUUUGCGACUCCGCGCUGGGCAAACUUGCCGUACUUGGACGUCAUACGUGAGAGAAAUAAGCCAGUAGAACCUCCGCAAAGACCAAAAUCUGCUCCCUUUUUCUUAGCAUCAGUGCCAACUGUAGAUGGGUUCGCUUUUCAGCCACCGGAACAAGAGGAGACUACUGAGGACCGGAAAGUUCUGAUAGCCAGAAGAAACAUGCUUGAAAUUGAAACUUCAUUCACGAAAUCUCUACUACAGGCAGUGUCAGACGCUGAAUAUGUAACUGUCUUUCAAUCACUAAAAGCGAUGAACUUAUCAUCAGUUGAAUUUCACAUACGAUCCCUACCAACCAAAGUUAGUUCGCCUUGCCUCAAUAACAUCGCCAUGCAACUACUUUCAAAUAGGAAUCUUUUAAAGUGUGCCCUCUAUAGCUUCCUGAAGAUGUUACUGAUCAUGACAAAAAGCAAACGUGACUUCGAACUAGUUCAGGCCUACUUAUCAACAUGUUUGAUUGCGCAUGGGAAGUCUUUAUGGACAAAAAUCCCACGCGAAGAGGCCUCUGCCUUAGAUGAAUUGUUAGCUGCCCUUCAUAAUGAAGUAAAAUCUGCCUGGGACUCCAUAACUUUACGAUGA